GCAAAGGGGAAAAGACGCUAAUAGUUUGCACUUCUGCUCUGCCUUGAAUGUACUUUUAUUUUCUCUAAUAUUCUGCUUUUUGAGCGUUUAUUGAUUAUUAGUAGUAUAUCGAGACAAUACCAAUUACCAAGAUGAAGUUUCAGGCUGUCGUUUUCAUGGCUGGUCUUCUCAGCAUUUGCACUUGUGUUCCUAUCUACCAGCCACAAAUUGGAAUAAUAGGAAGUAACAGUAAUGAGGUUUUGCGUCUCAACGGACUCACUCUGGCCAGUAUGGGUUUGGGUCCAGCACAGGGAGCUGCAUUUUUCCCUCCUUUCCUGUUCCAGCAGCAGCCCCCACAGGUUCUGAACUUUAACCCUGCGAUGCAAGGACCCUUCCUGCCUCCUCAGAUAAACCCGCUGAACCCAGUACAGUUGCCCCCGGUGCAGCAGGAGCAGCCUAUACCUGGCAUCCUUCCCAACAAUGGCUUGCCAGCACAGAACCUUCCCCCGGGCUUUCCAUUCUUCCUGACUAAUCUAUAUCCUCUGAGGAACACUCCUGUACAACUGACACCCAACCAGAACACUGGCCCAAAUGUUCAAGGCCAGGGCACCAAACAACUAAUGCAACCAGUGCAACCAAUGCAGCCAGUGCAACCGAUGCAACCAGUGCAACCAAUCCAGGGGGAAGGUAACAUCUGCUCCUGAUUAUCGUGGUGAUCGGCCCGGUCCUGGAACUGGCGAGGUUUUUUCAGAAGUUCUCUCUUGUUAACAUGUUGUUAAUAACCAAACAUGACAAAACAUGGAUGGGCUGAAUAACUGCUGUAGAAUUUGUAGACUGUUUAUUAACCAAUGCUGUCUCUGACAGGGGCAUCCAGGGUUUCCAUUGUUUGAGCCAUAGGCUCAGAAGAUUUCAUAAUUAAAAAGGUAUUAAAAGUUUUCUAAAUUGUAUAUUAUAAUAGGAUAUCAUACCAAUUAAUUGAUCAGAAUGUGCAUUUGUUGCUGAUUUUCCAGAUAUCCCACUAUGGAGGCCCCUCACAGAACACAUUUUUAUUCAACUUGGAAAUACACAUGUUACCAAAUAAA